AUGGACGCCCUGACGAACGAGCUGCGACCUCUGACCGACGUGUUCCUCACCGUGCGAAUCAUCAAGUCGUUCACAUACCGGACGACCAAGAACCUCCUCCUCCCGCACAUUGACGCGACGACGAUGACUGUGGGCCAGCUGAAGGAUUUGUGUCGUGAGCAAGUCAAGACGUCUCCUGGGUUCAAGCCGUACCGAACCGUCGAACUGGACACCCUCAAGCUGUAUACGAAGGCGCACGGGCACAAGACCAUGGACCUCAUCAUCAACCACGAGACGGACGACGACAUUUUGGAGGACGACAGCAAGAUCCUGGCGGACGUCGGUAUCGAGAACGAGACGGAGGUCUCCUUCUUCAAUCGAGUGCUGUACGACGAGUACAAGCGUAACCCUCAGCAGGCGUGGUGA